GUCGCUGACUCGUUCAAUGACAAUGAGUAAUAAACUAUAUCAUUAAUAUCAAUCGAAAAAAGACAGAUCAACAAGAUGAGGAAGUUUCGAAUAAAUUUUGUGAACAAGAGCAAUGUACGUCAACUUCUGGCAGCCGUUGUCGCCAAUUUAGGGACCAUGUCCACUGCGAUGGCGAUGGGAUGGGCAUCACCAACGAUCCCACUUCUCCUGGAAGAAGAUACUCCAGUGGGUACUGAACCAAUGACCAGUGACGAGAUUUCCUGGCUGUCGUCAAUACCGGUCCUCAUGCCCCUCAUCGUUCUACCAAUAACAGCCUGGACUUUGGAGCGUUUUGGCAGAAAAAAAACUGGAUGGGCCAUAGCAUUUCCACUCAUCAUAAACUGGUUAAUCACUUACUUUGCCCAAAAUUUUUGGCAGCUUCUCAUCGCUCGAAUACUGAGUGGUGUGUCACUUGCACUAAUGUGUGCUGUUGUUCCUGUUUAUGUCACUGAAAUUGCAGAUCAGUCGAUGAGAGGACCCCUUGGCAGCUUGUACGCAUUCAGUAUUAAUGUAGGGGUUCUUAUCGCUUUGAUAUUUGGUGUCAUCUUGACUUACCAUCAAUUUGCAGUAGGUGCGAUAAUUCUGCCUGUCAUAUUCCUCGUAGCCUUUUGGUUCAUGCCCGAGACGCCGGUUUAUCUGAUAAGGAAGGCCAGGAUCCCAGAAGCCACCAAGUCGUUGAUGUGGCUGACGAAUAAUGACACCGUUGCUGUUGAUCGAGAAUUGUCCGAACUCCAACAGAGGCUUGAGGAUAUGGUGGAACCUGACAAGUUGGUGAAUAUCAAGGACUUGUUCAGGGAUCGUGCUACUAUCACCGCCUUCAUCAUCGCUUCCGGGCUUUUCAUCGGACAACACACGUCCGGUUAUACAAUUGUGGUCACAUAUACUUCAUUGAUAUUCGGCCUCGCCAAAAGCUCAUUGACUCCAAAUAUAUCCGCCAUAGUUCUAGCAGUCAUUCAAAUCGGUGGAUCGUGGCUAUCAACAAUGACAAUAAAUCUCACUGGGAGACGAUACAUUAUCAUAAUUUCAUGCGUUGGAAUGAUGAUUAGUCAUAUCUUCUUUGGAACAUUUUUUCUGCUGAUGGACCAGAACGUUGACGUCUCUUCAUUCGCUUGGCUUCCGCUGGUGGUAUUAUCAGCGUACGCUGUAUUCUAUUCCAUGGGACUUGGGCCAGCUGCUUAUAUCGUUGCAGCUGAGAUUUUUAGUCCUGAUGUGGCGAGUCUGGGUGCCUCAACAUCUAUGAUGCUACUGUGGUUGGCCAGCUUUAUAACAGUGAAAUUAUUUCCACUAAUUUCUGAGAAUUAUGGAAACUUCACGUCUUUCUAUAUUUUGGCGGGAUUCUGCGCUUGCACAGGUAUUUUUACGUUUAUUCUGGUACCCGAGACUAAAGGAAAAUCAAAUCAGGUGAUUAUUGAUGAGCUGAAUGGGAAGAAGAAGCAAAAUUUUGGAUAUCCUGAGGCUGGAGACAAUAAUAGUGAAAAAUUUUAAUUAUAAUUAUCUCAUUUAUCAGUUGUUAUGGGAGGAAAUGGGCUGACAAAUAGCUUAGAUUAAUUUAAUAGUUGAAAUACUAUAUAAUUGUUUAUUAUGUUUCAUUGAUAAUUCGUUAGCCACUUUUAAUUGUUGGAAAGUCUUGCGGUUUUGUCCAGCAAUAAGUGACAGAAUUAUUUUGAAAUUAAUUCCUCGUAUUUAAGGUACCGGAAGGACUUCUCGACCAAAUUUACUUAUUUACGAUCAUCGACAUUGCGUUAUGUGAAUGUUAAGUAUUAGAAGGUGUGUCAAGAGAACUCUUCAAUGUAAAUUAUGUGGUUUUACCGCGGUUUCGGUGUGAAAUGAUGUCGCAGAAAAUAUCACAAGACUUUUGGGUAGAAAAAUUAUUGUGUGCAAAAGAUCUUCGAAGUUCGUCAGAAGAAUCAUCGACAGAUCAUGGGAAGAUCUUCCUGGUGACCUAAAAAGAUUCGUUGAAAGAUUUUUUGGAAUAUUAUUUGAAGUUUUAUGAAUUUUACGUUGAAAAAUAUUCUAAAAACUAUCUUCCGAACAGAUCUUCAAACCAAAAUUGUCUUACGAAGAAUCUUUCGGAGUAACAAGGAAGGUCCUGCGAAGAUCUUUAGAUGAUUCUUCUGAAGAGUUCUGGAAGAUCUUUGGCAGUCAAUAACUUUUAUAGUCUACAGAUGUUAAUGAAUUAAAAAGCUAAUUAAUAAUUAAUUCAAGGUCAGAGGUGAAAUGUGAUUGAUAUUGAGGUAUUUCGGGUUCCAAUUCUAAUCAUUUUAUUUAUUUGUUAUUAUGAAUUGUUGUCGAUCUUUUUAAAUUGUAGUGAAACAAUAUUUUUCUGAUCAUGUUCUCAAUUUUAUUUUGAAAAACAUCCGGAAAAAACUCUUUCAAACAAAAAUUGUCUUUCGAAGAUCUUCCGAAGGGUCUUUGAGGUCACCAGGAAGAUCUUCUGAAGAUCUUUCACUGAUUUUCCUGAAUAUUUCUGAAACAUUUUCGUCAGAUAAAAAUACUUUUACGAUCGCUGUUACGGAAUUUCCCAUCGCGUUCUGUAAUUUUAAUCUGCAAUUUAUAUGAAAAAUUGCGAUUUCGUCCCGCAAUUUUUGCGAGUAAAUUCCGUAAUCGUUGAAUAAACGAGUGCCAUAUUUUUUCAUGAAUAUUUCUCGCUGUGCGGAUUGAGUAUUGCAACGUGAUAAAAUUUUAAACCCACCUUCCAUCGACAAAUCACUUAGUGUCAUUUAGUGGUUCUAAACUGGGAAAUAAAAUUUCAUUUCAUUUUUAAUAAGUUAUGUCGUUAUCAACGCUAUCAUCAUUCUGGAAUUAUUAAUGACCAGCUAGAAAUUCAUGAAUUAACAAGGUGUAGAAAUCCUUGUCCAUUUGAAAUGCUUGGGAUCAGUGAGUCUUUGAUCAUAAUCAGUAGUCGGUUGAUUAGUUUAUUAACAAGUUACGAGAAAGUUUCAAUUAUUUUUCUCAAGUCAUGGAAUGGGACAUAUUUGACGACAAAAUGAGGUACUAAACGUAUAAUAUUACUGUAAUUAUAGCCGCUAUUUACACUUGAUUAAUUAAUUUGUCAUAAGGAUUCGCUAUUAUUUGUUGUCAUUUAAAAAAAUAUAUAUUUUACCUUUA